UUUUGCCUCCCGUGAAAACAGCCAAUACAUACAUCGGUUAGUCGCGGGGUAGGGAAAGGGAGUCGACGGGUGACUUCAGAUCUACGAAUUGCAAUUAGCGACACAACAAAUGAAAGCGUGACGUGAAUACGCUGGUUUGCCCGUUUGCCGUACACCGCGUUGAGAUAAUGUCGUACGAGAAGAAAAACGUUGUCCGUUUGUAAAGCAAGGCAGCGCGAGGGCCCACAUAGCCAGUAAAUGUGAUCGCUCGGCAUUGUUUUAUCGCGCAGUUGCCAGAAAAUGGAAGCAGACUAUCAACCGACGCUGAGCCCGACACGAACUUUGACAGCAAUAGCUAAUGACGUCGAAGACCCAUACCCAAGUUUGUCAGAUAAUCAUGAUUAUGAGCCCAACUUGGAGUUCGAUGAUACGGAGCUGCAGACCACUUCAAAUAAUGAAGAGAAAUUGGAUUUAAUCAGCACUGGUGCUGGUACAGGAACAGAUUAUCUGGAGAGUCCGGUGAGCGAUGGGACUAUCGAAGAGAACUUUGAAGAAGCUUUGGUAGAUGCUCCAGUUAUCGAAUCCGCAGAAGAUCUCGCCGCGUUGGAUGGUGAACUCGCGGACGAAGAAGAUUAUCUUGACAUUGCAAGACAUGGCAUUGUAGAAGUGGUCGGUGAUGAUAGUGCUGGUCGUAAAAUAAUAGUAGUAUCUGCAUGUAAAUUACCUCCCAUUGGGAAGGAAACGUUUAACCAUGCCAAACUUCUCAGGUAUCUCACGCAUACUUUAGACACGUUUGUAGAACAGGAUUAUAGCCUAGUUUACUUCCACUAUGGUCUCACGUCAAAAAAUAAACCACCACUAUCCUGGUUAUGGCAAGCAUAUAAAGCUUUUGACAGAAAGUAUAAAAAAAAUUUGAAAGCUUUGUAUUUAGUGCAUCCAACCAAUUUCAUUAGAAUCGUAUGGCAAAUAUUUAAGCCAGCCAUUAGUGCGAAGUUUGGUCGGAAAAUGAUGUAUGUCAAUUAUUUGGAAGAACUGGCACAAUACGUUAAUCUUGAUCAACUUAUUAUACCUCCCCAAGUAAUAGAACACAAUGAACAGCUAAUGUUAAAGAACAAAAAGAAUUUACCAACGAGUCCACCUCAGAGUACGGUAACAACACCGGUUGGAACCACUCAAUUUGGAGCGAGUCUGUUGUUUAUUAAAGAGAACAACAACGGCGAUGCCAUACCACCAAUAGUGAGACAGUGUAUCGAAUUCCUUGAUACGCCGGAUGCAUUAGAGACAGAAGGAAUAUUUAGAAGAUCCGCGAACGUAGCAGUAGUUAAAGAACUUCAGCAUCGGUGUAAUCAAGGAUUACCCGUUAAUUUCCAAGGAGAUCCGCACAUAGCAGCCGUUCUUCUUAAAACAUUUCUUCGCGAAUUAGACGAGCCUCUUAUGACGUACGAUUUGUACGACGAAAUAACACAAUUUCAAGCUCUGUCAAAAGACGAGCGUCCAAGAAGAGUUAAAAUAUUAGUGCUUGAGAAACUUCCAGAGGACAAUUAUCAGCUUUUGAAAUACAUUGUACAAUUUUUAUCGAGGGUGAUGGAUCGAUGUGAUUUAAACAAAAUGACGUCGAGUAAUCUCGCCGUUGUGUUUGGUCCAAAUCUCGUUAGAGCACCACCGUCACGCGGCAUGUCGCUAUCUGCGAUAGGUCCUAUUAAUCAAUUCGUAGACUUUCUAUUCACCCAUCAGGAUAAAAUAUUUAUUAUAUAAAAGGAGAACUUGUAGAACCGAAUGGUAAAGAGGCCUAAUUUGAAACGAAGUUGAUACAGUUUAUGUAUGUUAUAGAAGAACGGAAAUCCUAUAAAUUUCGCUGCCGAGUUUGAUAUUGUAUAAACUUACAUGACACAACUUCGAAGAAAAUUUUAUAGGAUUUUUAUUGGAAGUCACGACAUACACGCGUCCGAAGUUCUACGACUUCUUAUAUUAGAUAUUUUGAAUAUAACAAAUCUCGUUUAGAUCUUCGAAGUCAUGUUGAAACUUGGGGUCCGAAGCAAAUCUGCACGUAACACAAUUCGUGUAUAAUAUUCAUAUUUAAUUAUAACAUUCGUACUUUGUUGAUUAAAAUAUUUUUAUAUUCAAAUAUGUAUACAGAUAGAGAAAUACCUGCAUACCUAAUGUUACAAAUAGCGCUUAGUUAUACAGCUUGCACAAAAUCUCAUUUUCCAACAGAUCGAUAUAACGAUUUAUUUUGCAAAUUGAUAUAUGAUUUUGAAUGAACGUCGGAAAGACGAAUAAUGAGGUCCUGGAUAAAUGGAGUUACGGAAUAAUUGAGGUAUAAAGUGUGAUGAAAAUUAAUAGUAUACCAAAGAUACAUGAAAAUGUCAUGCAAAAUAGAGAAUUAUUUAAAAAAUAAUAUAACGUAUAGCAAGAAUAGACGAGCAAAUUACGAUGGUUUGUAUAGAAACACCAUGCUCGCGUAAUUUUAUUAACUUAAGAAGAAUUGAUAUAACGAAAGUCAUAAGAGUCAUAAUUAUUUACAGUCAUAAUUAUUAUAUCCUGUUAUAGGUGAUUAGUAUAGCCAAAGCGAGGAAUGAUAAUGAAUUAUAAAUUAUCGAUACGCGGCAUCCUUCGUACUGAGACUAUGUAUAUGUAUAUACGCGAGAUCUAACAAUGCUACAGGCUUAAUUUCACUAAAUGAAAUUAUUUUGUUUCUUUUUAAUAACUCAUCUAAAAGAAAUUCUAAUGCAUUCUUUAAAUAAAAUUAAAUAAAGUUUAUAAUUUUUAAUACAAUAAAGAAUUAUUAGUAAAAGAUCCAACAACAAAUGAGAGAGCACAUUAUAUAGUUGUUUAAUUAAAAAUCUCAACGCGAAAAUUAUUAUUCGUUUGCACAUAAUAAUUUAACGAUUAGAUUAAAAUUAUUGUCAGGGUAUUAUAAAAUGUAAUACUUAGUGUAAUGUCUUGUCAUUUCAAGGAUAAAAGACUUAUACUAAUCUCUCCACUAUCAUAUAUAUUUGUACAUUUUCUUAAAUAGUCCUGCCAUUAUGGGUUCCUGGGAUAAUACAGAGGCGGUUAAUCGCCUUGGCAUUCUCUAUUAUGGAAGGAAACUAACCCGGACCUAUAUAGAACUGACACGAUUCAAUUACAUUCCUUGUUAUCGAUAGAUUGAACAUAUUGUAACAAAGUAUAAUUAAUUUAUAUGAGAAUACUAGAAUAAUAUGUAUACUACACAAUGUA